AGUUUACCACAAUGGCGGAUUUGGAUGUAGCAGAACACAACAAUGACAUGUUUUAUGUUGGUAAUAGUUUUCAGUUUAAGUAGGUAAUGCAAUAAAUAUUAUAAACUAAACAUUAUGCAGACAAACGAUAUUUUAAAUACAAUCAAACGAUUUGAUGCUUACCCUAAAACACUGGAAGAUUUUCGGAUAAAGACGCUUGGUGGCGGAGCUGUUACAGUAAUCAGUGGUCUUUUGAUGAUUUUGCUAUUCAUGUCGGAGCUAAGCUAUUACUUAUCUGUUGAUGUCACACCAGAGCUAUUUGUUGAUACUGCUCGCAAUCAGAAGACUCAAAUCAAUAUGGCUGUUUAUUUUCCUAAGCUUCCUGUAACCUAUUUAAGUGUGGAUGCAAUGGAUGUUUCUGGUGAACAACAGAUUGAUGUUGAUCACAAUAUUUUCAAGAAACGCAUGGACGCUAACGGAAGAGCGAUUGACGAACACGACGGUGAAAAAGAAGGUUUGGGAGACAAAAGUGAUGAAACGAAAAAACAAUUUGAGCUUGAGAAAGACAGAUGUGAAAGCUGUUACGGAGCAGAAACUAUAGAACAGCCGUGUUGUAACACUUGCGCUGAAGUACAAAAUGCAUAUCGCAAAAAAGGAUGGGCGUUAAAAAAUACCGACGCUAUUGCUCAGUGCACUCGUGAAGGUUGGAAAGAAAAAUUUGAAUCACAAAAGAACGAAGGUUGUGAAGUGCAUGGUUAUCUAGAAGUGACAAAGGUUGCUGGGAACUUCCACUUUGCUCCCGGAAAAAGCUUUCAGCAUCAACAUGUCCACGUCACAAUGUUAAAGCUUAAAAAAUCCAAUAUAAUCUCGAUCAAUAUGCAUGAUCUUCAGCCGUUUGCUGGUCAGCAGUUCAAUCUAACUCAUCAUAUAAAGCAUUUAUCAUUUGGUGAAAAAUAUCCUGGUAUUAAUAAUCCUUUGGACGAUAAUUUGGUUUUAUCAGAUCAAGUUGGUAUUAUGUACCAAUAUUUCGUGAAGAUUGUUCCCACUGUGUAUAGAAAAUUGAGUGGUCAGGUUGUACACACAAACCAGUUCAGCGUCACAAAACAUCGUCGAAUCAUCAAACCGGUUUCUGGAGCUAAUGGAGUUCCAGGGGUUUUUGUGUUGUACGAGUUUUCACCAAUGAUGGUUCAAUAUACCGAAAAAAGAAGAUCGUUUAUGCAUUUUCUUACUGGAGUUUGUGCGAUUAUCGGUGGAGUCUUUACCGUUGCUGGUCUUGUUGAUUCAUUUAUCUAUCAUUCCUCAAAAGUACUCAAAGAAAAAAUAGAACUUGGAAAGGCUGGCUGAAACAACGUGAAAAUAUGAAAAGAUAAUUCAGAAACAGGACCAUUAUACCAAAUACUGUUGUCCAUUCAUUACGAAUGUCAUUCACAAUAUUAGUUAAAAAGAAAUGGCUUCUUCAGUUUACUCCUCAUGGGAAAAGAUUGUGGUGAAAAAUACUGGUUUUUUCACCAGGAAGAAAAACAUUGGAUAUAACGAUGAUGAAUGAAUCUUAGACUAUUAUUUAUUAAACUGUUCACUUUGUUUAAGGAUUCGUCAUUUAAUGAACAUUGUUAUUUAUAACUCAUUUACACAUCCAGCAUAUAUCAACACAAACAUUUUUUCCAUUACUUUUAUCUUGUUCAUGUUAAUAUCAAUGACUUCUUACUUUAACUGAGCUAUUGGUAACAAUGCAGACCUUAAUUCUUUAAAUACAUCACUAUUGUUUGCAUCACAA